AUGUAUACCUGUUUCUAGCAGAAGAGGAAGCUAAAAAAACGCUCAAGUCGCUAAAAUUGGUAAUUAAUUUUUCAUUAUUCUUUUGUUUAACAUUUUUUAUUUUUCUUAAGUCAAUCAAUCAGCAAACGAAAAAAAAGCUCCAUCGGAGAAGAAAAAUGAGGUUGACUUUUAUUGGAAAACCUUUAAGUUUCCACUACAGGUUCCCGAGAACAAAGAAGCGGCUGAGAAACCACCAGUUACAAAAGAAGAAGAGAAUAAAAAGGAUGAAAAGAAGAGCGAUUCAGCAGAAAAGAAAAAGAAAAACAUAGGAUCAAAGGGUACGUCUAAAACUUUUAUUGUUAAUUUUUCCAGUAAUAACCUUGUUUGGAUAUUGCUUUAUAAAGGAGAAGAAAAUGGAAAGAGCAUUUUGAAUCAAUUAAGUUAUCUAACAGAACACUGUGGGUGGUUAAUGGUAAAAUAAAAUAUUUGUUAAAUGAAACAGUUUUCGUUAUAUUUUUGAAUUACAGUUAUAACCGAUGUCUAAAUCAAAGAAAUCUCCAGACAAAAACAUUUCCUUUCAGGAAAUUCAAACACGAUUAUAGAAGGAAGAAGAGUUAAAAAAUUUUGAAUUAAUUUACCGCUUAAGCGGCUUUCGUAAACCGAGCGUGAGGAGUCAGAAUUUGAAUUCAAAGAAAUCAGCAAGCUAAAUGCGCCAAUGCUGCUGAGUGUGUGCGCAAAGCCGGAUCUCCAAAUCUCGUGUGAGAAAUAACAGGAAAGAAAGUUCAACAUGAACGGCUUAAAAAUUUCAGUCAAGAAUAAAAGUUGAUAAACUUUUUUAUAGGAAUUAUUCUGUUUGCAGAGUCUGGCGAAAACAAGAAAACGAAUAUUGGAGAAGCUGUUUGUAGUAGGUUUUAGUAGAUAUUUCAUAUUUCAAACUUCAUUCACCGUUGGCCUGUGAAGAAGAAAUUCGCGAAGAUCGUUAGAACUUCUGAGCCUUUUUGAUCGAACAUUGCGUUUCUUCUGACACCGUUCAACUUCUCUUACUCUUGACAUUCCACAAAAUAGAGGCCUAAACAUGUCAAUUAAAUUUUCUUCUCAGAUGACGAGGAACGAAAAGAAAGAUGGCUUAUAUACGCCAGUUCUGUUCUUGACACAAACAUGAUAACUGUAAAUUUCGCUGAUAGUUUUUUUGAACCCAUGAAGUUGUUAGACUGAGUUUGCAUCCGUGGCUGGCUACAUUCCCUCGUCGAUUUCAAGGACCGAGUGGCUGAAAAACAUGCGCGACAAUCGCUUCAUGGGUAUUUUCAGUCUUGCGUUUCUGCAGAAGCAGCGGCAAAUUGUUUCAGAUAUCGUCUGCAUGGAUCAUUCUCGCGUCAUCCUCCACACCGGUGGAUAUAUCCACGCCAGUUGGAUAACAAUCUCCGACGAUAAAAAGGUCGACGAGUAAUCUCAAAAGAAAAGAAACUGUUUUGCUCUUUAGGCGAUAGCCACACAACUACCGCUACCACAUACGGCAAGCCGUUUUUGGCGAAUGAUUCUCGAAAACGGAGUCAAAGGAGUUCUUCUACUUAUAACGGAAGAAGAGUACAAGCAGAUGGGAGGGGAAUUUACUUUCCCAGCUUCUCAGUAAGAAUUACUCAUUUAGUUUCAAAAACUGUCCUAGGGACUUUCUUUACUUCAAAGAAGGUUCCCUACGUGUCGGCGAAUUCCAGCGCGUCACUAUCAAGAAUAACUGGACCAUGCGGGUCAUCAGCGUCACCAACGGAAACAAGAAAAGGUACUGUCUUUUCAUUUCUUCUCCUGGUCUCCAAAACAUGCUUUGCAGCUUCAUCCACUUGCACCACCUUUCAUCUUGGCCACACGGCAAGACGCCUUCGGACUUGAUCGACCUCUGGCAAGUGCAGUCUGUCAUGAGGUUUGUUCCCGUCCCGUCUUCGCGAAACUCCUUCUCAGAAAGUACUCAGGACCUCAUGUGUACGUGAGUUUGUCAGGCUGCGGUCGCGCUGGCACCUUUGCUACUUUUGAGGUGACAGAAAGUAGUGGAGGAGGUAAAAAGCUCCUUUGAGGUGGCGCACGCAAGUCUCCACAAGGAGCGACUCACGUCUUUUAGCGUCGAGGAAUCUUUGAAACAGGUUCGGGCAGGUCGUCUGCACGCAGUUCAGAACGCGGCACAGUACUCUUCGGUGCACUCGCUGCUCGCCGAGCACAUUUUGAACAAUGUGAGCUUUUCUUUUCUUCAAAUUGAGAUUUUCUAUCAAGAAUUAAAACAAGGAUUCGUUUUAUUCGAAAAAUUAAGGGCGUGAGCAAAUUGGUGACGUGUCGAGGAUCGGAGAACCCUGAAGAAAACGUCCGGAAACUGAUUGACUCGUUGGUUCUGCCUUUGGCUGAUGAUCAAGACGGUGUCGCCGGAUGA